AUGGCUGAACAUCUUUCGAUACGUCAACGUUGGACAGUUAUAACACUACAUCAAGACUCACAUUUGUCUUUAAGGACGAUUGCUUCAAGAGUAAAUUGUUCAUUUAGUACUGUACGAAAUAUUAUACAGUUAUAUGAAGAAACACAUGAUGUGAUAGAACGACAAGGAAGAGGAAGACGUAGAUUAAUUGAUGGUCCAGUUCGACGAUAUUUUCGACAAAUAAUGUCUCAACAUCCUACUGAUACAUCAUUUUCAAUUGCGAAUCGAUUACAGCAGCAUAGUGGUGUGACAGUUAGUGCUCGAACAAUACGUGAAGCCUGUCGAAACGAAAACUUCCAUCCAGUUCAUGCCAGAGCGCACUGGCAGAUAAAUGAACAUCAAGCUGCACGUUGUUUUCAAUAUUGUUAUACACACAGAUUGAACAAUUGGCGACAAGUUAUUUUUACCGACGAGAAAAAAUUUCAAGUAGAUCAAGCUGGUUUUGUUUAUUGGGUACCAAUUGGUGCUCCUCGACCAAGAACAUUUGUGGGUCAAGUGAAAUAUCAAGUUACGGUUUUUGGAGCCAUCUGGUUUAAUCAACGAUCUCAUUUGGUUUUUAUUCAAGGAUCUAGUAACUCCACAACAUAUUUACAACAGGUACAACUUGCACUUGGUAAUUAUCAACAAAGAUUACAUGGUUAUUCAUUUAUUCAUGAUCGAACGACAUGGAGCAAUAGUAUUAUGGUACAUGAUUGGUUGGCGUCUUUUGGUAUUGAUUGUAUGGAUGAUUAUCCUUCAGUUAGUCCUGAACUGAAUCCUAUAGAGUCAGUUUGGGGCUGGAUGAAUCGUUAUGUUCAAUCUCGUCAUCCAAGAUCACAACGACAUUUAGAAGUUUUGGUCAGACAAGCCUGGCAAGAAAUUCCCAUCAUCACUAUUCGAGUCUACAUACAACAUGUUCGUACCAUUAUUCAAAUGAUAAUUGCUGCUCAAGGUUGGGACGUUGAUGCGUGA